AGCGUCCGCAGAUCGAAGAAUUUUCCAACUCUAUUCGUCCUCUUGGCUGGCUGGUGCGGGGCUGGUGGCUGAUUUAGUUCUCGAGCAAUCUCGCAGAAAUGGCGAACUGCUUGCGAGCUGUGUCUAGACAGUCCUCUUGGGCGCCUGAAAUCCAGCGGCGAUGCUUCCACGUGUCCCCGCUGGCCUCUGCGGCCCAGAAGGUGGCCAUGAGCAAAUUCGACAACGAUCCUCUCCCCCAUGAGAAGCUCCAGAAAAACGUGGACAUCGUCAAGAAAAGACUAAACCGGCCUUUAACUUUGUCGGAAAAAGUUUUGUAUGGCCAUUUGGAUGAGCCCCAGAGUCAGGAAAUCGAGCGUGGAACAUCAUACCUGAGGCUACGACCUGACAGAGUGGCCAUGCAGGACGCCACUGCCCAGAUGGCCAUGCUGCAGUUCAUCUCCUCAGGUCUGCCAAAGGUGGCUGUGCCCUCGACCAUCCACUGUGACCACUUGAUCGAGGCCCAGGUUGGUGGCGAGAAGGAUUUGGCGCGUGCUAAGGACAUCAACGCAGAGGUCUACAACUUCCUCCAGUCGGCCGGUGCCAAGUAUGGUGUUGGAUUUUGGAAACCUGGUUCUGGAAUCAUUCAUCAGAUCAUCCUGGAAAACUACGGUUUCCCCGGGCUGCUGAUGAUUGGCACAGACUCUCACACCCCUAAUGGAGGUGGCCUCGGUGGUCUUUGCAUUGGCGUUGGUGGUGCAGAUGCCGUUGACGUUAUGGCCAACAUUCCUUGGGAACUUAAGUGCCCGAAGGUCAUUGGUGUCAAGCUCACUGGUGAGCUGAAAGGAUGGACCUCUCCAAAGGACAUCAUCCUGAAGGUGGCCGGUAUCCUGACGGUCAAGGGUGGUACUGGCGCCAUUGUCGAGUACUUUGGCCCUGGCGUUGACUCAAUCUCUUGCACUGGCAUGGCCACUAUUUGCAACAUGGGUGCUGAAAUUGGAGCCACCACCUCCGUCUUCCCCUACAACCAUCGCAUGCGCAGCUAUUUGAAGGCCACCAACCGAGAAAACAUCGCAGAGGUUGCAGACAAGUUCCAAAAAUCUCUGCUCUCUGCUGAUGACGGUGCUAAGUACGACCAGAUUGUUGAGAUUGACCUUACCACUCUUGAGCCACACAUCAAUGGACCUUUCACUCCUGACCUUGCGCACCCGAUCUCUCAGAUUGGAAAGGUUGCCAAGGAAAAGGGCUGGCCUUUGGAGGUCAAAGUCGGUCUUAUUGGCAGCUGCACCAAUUCCAGCUACGAGGAUAUGGGCAGGUGUGCUAGCAUUGUGAAGCAGGCCAUGAGCCACGGACUCAAGUCAAAGGCCGCCUUUGACGUGACCCCGGGAUCUGAACAGAUCCGUGCUACCAUCGAGCGUGAUGGCAUUGCCAAGAUCCUGAGAGACUUUGGAGGUGUGGUGCUGGCAAAUGCUUGUGGUCCUUGCAUUGGUCAAUGGGACCGUCAGGACAUCAAGAAGGGUGAAAAGAACACAAUUGUCACCUCAUACAACCGUAACUUCACUGGACGUAACGACGCUAACCCAGCGACCCACGCCUUUGUGACCUCGCCUGAGCUGGUCACAGCCCUCUCGCUGGCCGGCACCCUUGACUUUGAUCCCACCAAGGACAAGCUGAAGGGCGCUGAUGGCAAAGAAUUCCUGCUCGACUCCCCCUAUGGCGAUGAAUUGCCCCAGCGCGGCUUCGACCCUGGCGAGGAUACCUUCCAGGCACCUCCCCCUGAUGGCUCAAGCCUCAAGGUCAACGUUGACCCCAAGUCUCAGAGACUUCAGCUGCUCGAGCCCUUCAACGUCUGGGACGGCAAGGACUUGAUCGACCUGUCCGUUCUUAUUAAGGUCAAGGGCAAGUGCACAACUGACCACAUUUCCGCAGCUGGCCCAUGGCUUAAGUACAGAGGUCAUUUGGACAAUAUUUCUAACAACAUGUUCAUUGGUGCUGUGAACUCGGAAAACAACGAGGUCAACAAAAUUAAGAAUCAACUCACUGGUGAGUGGGGAGGUGUUCCUGAGGUUGCCAGGCACUACAAAUCGAAGGGCGUCCAGUGGGUCACUGUUGGAGAUGAAAACUACGGUGAGGGCAGCAGUCGAGAACAUGCUGCUCUGGAGCCCCGUCACUUGGGUGGCCGUGCCAUCAUUGUAAAGUCUUUUGCUCGCAUCCACGAAACCAACCUUAAGAAGCAGGGUAUGCUUCCCCUCACAUUCGCCGACCCCGCCGAUUAUGACAAAAUUCUGCCCACCUCCAAGAUUUCCCUCCUUGGACUGAAAGACUUUGCACCCGGAAAGCCAUUGAAGGCAGAAAUCAAGAACGGAAGCAAGGUGGAGACGAUCACCUUGAACCACUCGUUCAACGAGCAGCAGAUUGGUUGGUUCAAGGCCGGCAGUGCAUUGAACAGAAUGAAGCAGAUUGCAGCCAGCAAGAAAUGAACUACUGUCCGCUAGUCACGCCCUGUAGACAGACUGGAAACUUAAUUAUUACUUAGUUAGUCUCACAUGUGGACGAGAUAAGGAUGGAAAAGCAUUUUGUGUUGCUUAGCAGGCCUUGUGAUGCAGUAGACAUUUAGCCACUUUCUAACUUAUGUUUAUCCUCAAAUAAACCCACACGUUGUACAAAAUAACAUCGCACUUGCCGAGAAACAGAUCGAAUGAAGUGAGUUGUUGCGCAGAUGGAGAAAAAUUUGUUAAGAAACUAAAGUGAAAUUCAAUAAAAAAAAAGCCAUCUUGUUACUCAUGUAA